AGCGAUGGCCGGCGAAACCCUCUCUGCGCGGCCGCUGAGCCUUCCACUGCCGAAAAGCUAGAAAACCGCAGUCCUCCGUUCUUUCUCUCUCCCCUUCGCCGUUGGUUCAGCUGGAAAAUGGAGAAACUGAACCAGCUCCGGAACCUAUUGAGGCCCACCUCCACUCUGCUAGCAGGUGCAGGCGGCGAGCCGUGCCGAGGCCUCGCUACGUUCCUCCGAGAGCCGCGGCGGCGCUUCUCGACUGAGUCGGAGCAGCGUGAGGAUGCGACGGUGGAUAAUUUCUUCGAGACUCCGGACACAGGUGCGGCUUACAGGAAGUUGUUGGGAAUCACGAAGCAAACUCUGAAAUCCGAUGUCAUCAACCUGCUUGAUGAGUGUAAAUUGAGCCUCGAUGAUAUUAGAGUGAAUUACGACCGCUCGUUUGCGCCAAUUGGAAUGUUAGUACAGUUCCGCUCUCGGCAUGAAAUUGAUCGGGCUUUUAAGCUGAUUAACAGGAAAGGUCGUUUGCACAAGUUGGAAAGGGUGGAUCGUUCCCAGUGGGAGUUUACGACAAACUAUGAUGGGAAAACUCUUUUACUGCAAGGAUUACCUCGACAAGCCAUCCCCGAAGACAUUGAACGCUUCCUAUCUGGGUGCCAAUACGAUCCAUCCUCCAUUCAGUUGUUUUACAGGCAAGGAUUCCCGGAUCCAAUUAGAAUGGCGACUGUGAGCUUCCCUUCACGGGCUCAAGCAAUGAAUGCUUUCAUUGCAAAGAACCGAGGUUUCUGCCUGAAUAAUCAGAUCUCAGUGCGAGUUCUACAGUAAACUGUUCCUUGAUAUUUCAAUUUCUGUUUGUUGGAGAGUGACAUUGGUUUCACAUACAGUUAGUCUCUUCAAGACAUUCGAGCAAGAUCGUGCUUUUCGGUCUGGAUGUUUGAAUAAUUAACUAAUUUGUUAACAUAAGCAUUUUCAACAUCUUCGAAGAGUCACCUUUUCAAUUAUUAGGUCUUAUAAGAAUGAGGAUGGCCGAGUAAUUGCGGAUUAUAGUGUGCCUUGUAUGCCUUGUGGUUAGGAACUCAUUAAUGUUCAUGGUUGACCACCUCUUAUUAA